GCGCAAAAAAAAGUGAGAAAUUAAUACUUAGGUAGAAAGAAAACACAGAGUCACUCACAAUUCUACACCAUAGUCAAUUACAUUAAAUUUCACCUCUCAAUUUCAUUUUUUUGUUACUUUCUGUUUAAAAAACAGUGAUUUUAAUGUUCAAUUAGUAACAGCUGAUCUGUUUUAUUUUGAUCAUCAAAUGUUGAACAGGAUACCGCUUUUAGAUUCGUUAAUUUCACAAAUUCUGCUGAUAAUUAGGGGUUAGUAUAUAGGUUUAGGGUUUGGUUGAUUUGAUUUGAUAACAGUAGCAAUGUUAUCGAAUCAUUUAAACAAUGGAAUCGAGACUGCUAAGCUGGUCUGGUCUCGGAUUCCGCAUUCAGAGGAAGGUCAGCUUGAAGGUGUUGGUUUGUUAGAUAGUAAGGGCGCGAGCAGUGCUGAGAGUCUUGAUUAUGAAGUUAUUGAGAAUUAUGCUUACAGAGAAGAGCAGGCGCAGAGAGGGAAGCUUUAUGUAUGGUAUUAUGUGGCUGUCAAGUGGUUAUUUGCUUUGCUUAUUGGCAUUGGUACUGGAUUGGCUGCAGUUUUCAUUAAUCUGUCUGUUGAGAACUUCGCCGGAUGGAAAUUUUCACUGACUUUUUCAAUAAUACAAAAGUCAUAUUUUGCUGGCUUUGUAAUAUAUGUAUUAUUUAACUUGGCUUUAGUCUUUUCAUCUGUAUAUAUCGUCACACACUUCGCCCCUGCAGCAGCAGGAUCUGGUAUUCCUGAAAUUAAAGGUUAUCUGAAUGGGGUUGAUAUUCCUGGUAUUCUACUAUUCAGAACCUUGGUCGGAAAGAUAUUUGGAAGCAUUGGUUCUGUGGGAGGUGGUCUUGCUUUAGGAAAAGAGGGUCCUCUUGUUCAUACUGGUGCUUGUAUUGCUUCAUUGUUUGGACAAGGUGGAUCCACUAAAUAUCAUCUAAAUUCAAGGUGGCUACAAGUUUUCAAGAGUGAUCGUGAUCGGCGUGAUCUUGUAACCUGUGGGUGUGCAGCUGGAGUAGCUGCUGCUUUUAGAGCUCCAGUGGGUGGGGUAUUAUUCGCCCUGGAAGAGGUCACAUCUUGGUGGAGAAGUCAACUUAUGUGGCGUGUCUUUUUUACUUCCGCUAUUGUGGCAGUGGUUGUUCGUACUGCAAUGGGUUGGUGUAAGAGUGGGAAAUGUGGGCAUUUUGGCUCAGGUGGCUUCGUAAUAUGGGACAUAUCAGAUGGUCAAGAGGAUUACUCAUUUUCCGAGCUACUUCCGAUGGCAGUCAUUGGGGUUAUUGGAGGUGUACUUGGUGCCUUAUUUAACCAACUCACAUUAUAUAUAACUCAGUGGCGUCGGAACUAUCUGCACAAGAAAGGGAACCGAGUGAAGAUAAUUGAAGCAUGUCUAAUCUCUGUGAUAACCUCAGCUAUUUCGUUUGGACUUCCACUUUUAAGAAAAUGUAGUCCAUGUCCUGAAACGGAUACUGAAUCUGGUAUUGAGUGCCCAAGGCCUCCAGGAAUGUAUGGGAAUUAUGUAAAUUUCUACUGUGGCACAAACAAGGAAUAUAAUGAUCUUGCUACAAUUUUCUUCAACACUCAGGAUGAUGCCAUAAGGAAUCUGUUCAGUGCAAAGACGAUCCAUGAGUACAGUGCCCAAAGUUUAUUGACAUUUUUGGUAAUGUUCUAUACCCUCGCAGUGAUGACGUUUGGUGCAGCAAUUCCUGCUGGUCAAUUUGUUCCUGGAAUAAUGAUUGGGUCAACAUAUGGACGCCUUGUUGGCAUGUUUGUUGUCAAGUUUUACAACAAGCCCAACAUUGAGGAGGGAACAUAUGCUUUGUUGGGUGCUGCUUCUUUCCUUGGAGGUUCAAUGCGAAUGACAGUCUCCUUAUGUGUCAUCAUGGUUGAGAUUACAAACAACUUAAAACUCUUACCUCUAAUCAUGCUUGUUCUCCUUAUAUCAAAGGCUGUUGGAGAUGCUUUUAAUGAAGGAUUUUACGAAGUACAAGCCAGAUUGAGAGGCAUUCCUUUACUUGAAUCUAGACCUAAAUACCAGAUGAGAACAAUGACAGCAAGGGAAGCUUGUGGAAAUCAAAAGGUUGUUUCCUUCCCUCGUGUCGCAAAAGUUGCAGAUGUAGUUUCUAUUUUGCAGAGCAAUAAACACAAUGGGUUUCCUGUGAUUGAUCACACAAGGAAUGGAGAAACACUUGUGAUUGGACUUGUGCUUCGCAGUCAUUUGCUAGUUCUUCUCCAGUCUAAGGUGGAUUUUCAACACAGUCCUUUUCCUUGUGACCCAAGAGGUGUAUCCAGGUCAUUCAGGCACAAUUUGAGUGAAUUUGUGAAACCAGUUUCUAGUAAAGGAAUCUCUAUAGAGGAUAUUAGUCUAAGUUCAGAUGAUUUGGAAAUGUACAUAGAUCUUGCCCCAUUUUUGAAUCCUUCUCCAUAUGUUGUCCCUGAGGAUAUGUCCUUAACAAAGGUAUAUAAUCUUUUCCGUCAACUAGGACUAAGGCACAUAUUUGUUGUUCCGCGUGCUUCACGUGUGAUUGGCUUGCUUACCAGAAAGGAUCUGCUUAUUGAGGAUAAUGAGGAUUCAGCUAAUGUGGAGCUUCAAUCAACUAGUGUAAGAAUGUAUCAUCAAGGUAAAAGAAUAUUCACUAGGAAUACCGAUGUGCAAGCCCCGUUCUUAAACGGUCUUCUGAUCCAAGAUCACGCCGCUGAUUGAAAUUACCCUUCAAUCUUUAUCAUCCGUACACUUUUGCGGCCGGGGCUGAUACUGCUGACAUAUGUCUUCAAAGGCAAAUUAUUUUUUCCUCUUCCAAAUUAUUUGUCAAGAGUUUUGUCACCGUAAAUUGGUCAAUAUUAUUCAAAUAGAGUUUCAUGGACCUCACUCACUUAAUUGAUUGUAUCUUAUUUGAACGUGAAGACAAUGCAAAAUUGCAAAUUAUAUAAACUGAAAACUUGAUGGAAAUUUUCUUGUUAGCUCCGAGAAUAAUGGAAGAAUGUGGAAACUUGUAUCUAUAAAUGCAAAAUAUUUUUUUGUUCUAUAUAGAAAUGUUUUACCGAGUA